AUGAAACAUUCGACCUUCACCCUAGCUGCGCUGCUGACGCUCGUGCACGCCCAGAACAACCCUCUGGUCGCCUCCAUCGCCCAAAAUGUCGUGGCUGGUAUUGUCUCAGCCAAAACAGACAACGACGUGUCUGACCAGCAGGCCACCUCCGAGAUCCAAAGUGUGGUCGACAUUGUCAGCGCCAACACUGACGUGCAGAACCUGAUUGGCAGUUUCGGAUCCCUGGCCGCGAACGGUGUCGACUCGUCGAAUUUCCCCGAGCUGCUAUCUAUGGCCACUGCCACUCUAAGUGCCUUUGAGGGCUCGCCUGACUUCUCGAAGGCCUCCGAGGGCUUUAAGAACGUGCUGACUCACUACAACGUGCCCGAGGCCAAGUCUAAUGUGGCAAACAAUCUCGCUCUCAUCAUCAACGCAGUCACAGUCGCUCUACCCACCCUCACCCCUGAACACAGCAGUGAAUGGGCGGCAGCAACUUCGCAGGUGAUGCAGCUGGCCUCUUCCUUGGGUCUCGAUGCGACCGCCGCCUCAAGUGCUGCGCCGAGCACUAGUGCUGCCAGUGCAGCUCCUAGUUCUAGUUCCAACUCUGGGGGAAACUCUGGGGGCAAUGCGGGUGGAGCAGCUGGAGGCAGCUCUGGAGGCAGCUCUGGAGGCAGCUCUGGAGGCAGCUCUGGAGGCAGCUCUGGAGGAUCCAGCAACUCUGGAACCAACUCCGGCUCCAAUGGUAACUCGGGAGGAAACUCGGGCGAAGUUACCACUGUUGUCGUUGGACCACCGGGCCAGUCUACUUCCAUCAGCGCUCGAAGCACAGUUACAGUCUAUGCCACUGGAGGUGGUAACGGACAGCCCACUACCAUCGAGAAACCCAAGCCCUCGCAACAAAACGGCAGCGGAUCCAGACUGUACAACGUGCGACUGACUGGCUUGGUCGCAAUUGCAGGCGUUGUGGUUGCUCUGAUCUAG